CGCGUAAGCGCCGAUUACAUUGAGUAGGUUCGCGCGUAGGGAUAUACAACAUGACGUCACGCACCUUCUGUGACGCAACUGACGCACGAGAUCGUUCCCACCGUUCCCACGCCUGCAACCUGGCUGGCCUGGCAGGCUCGUUUGCAGGCGCUUGUUGAGUGCCGAAAUCAGCUGAAUGCACGUUGCAAUGGUGGCACGUAGCCGUGGUAGCCGCAAUACCCCCCGUUUCUGAAGGCCCUCUCCGUGUCACGUCCCCGUAUGCGACGAACGCUGAUCUCAAGCCUGCGAAUUUCGGAGCCGCGAAAAUAUGGGCGACCUCAACAGACAGCUGAAAGACUACCUCAGCCGCAACGAGGCGAAAAAAGAGAGCUCAAUAUUCGCGAGCACCGAAUCUCUCAAAAAGUUGCUCAGCCCCAGCAGCAGUAGCUCCGAGCCAUCCUGUAACGGUUCCGGCACCAACAGCUGGUUUUCUGAUGCCGCUAACGACUCCUGUUUACCUAGCCUGACUAGGAAACAGCGCAUUGUCGGCUUCGCCGGAACGUUGCUGAUGGGCUGCUUCUGUAUGAUUUUGGCAGGACUUUAUAUUCCUGUACUAGUCUUCAAGGCACGGAAGUUCGCCUUGCUUUACACGCUAGGAAGCCUUUUCAUAAUAAGCAGUUUUGCCCUGCUACGAGGCCCAAUGAACCACAUAAAGCAACUGUUGUCGCUGAAGCAGCUUCCAUUUACAACUGCCUACUUUGGAACCACUUUUGCCACACUCUACUUUGCAUUGGUGGUCAAAAGCACUCCGCUUACUGUGCUCUUCACAAUAUGCCAGUGUGCCACCAUCAUUUGGUUCGUCCUCGCGUCAAUCCCGGGAGGAGAGACUGGACUCAAGUUCUUUUCUCGUGUAUUCACCGGUGUGGUGACGCGAACUGCAAGCAAGACGCUACCUGUUUGACCGUGUUCCGUAGAUUUGGUGCGGCCUGCAUCCAGCAGGCCCGCAAAAAUUGUGUCGUUGCAUACCACUCUUUUGUAUCUUGUACAUAUAACAUUUUAAAAAUUGCCACCCAACCGUUGCUGGGUUAAUUAUACCAGUCGCAUUACAAUUGUACAGAACGACAAUGAAAUAAAAUGUACGUACUUGGGUAUUUUCCUCCAAA